UUAUGUGGAAAACUGUGCAAAAUAUACGAAAUAUAAAUGGUCUUGUAAGUAGGAGUAAUUAUUUGCAAUUACCCCUGUGCAGACCAAAAUAUGCAUCAACUUUAUUGACCGGCAAAAAGCUAAAACAAUUCGAGUUGGAAUACAAAGCAGUUGUCGGCCUAAUAUCGAGAUCUUUGGGAGUUAGUCCACAGACAGUGCGACACUUUCACCUAAGCCUUUGUUCAACUUCUAAAAACAGCCCUAGUCAAAAGGAUGGUGGUAAACCGACAGAACCGGCGGGCAGCAGUGGUAGUAGCGGUGGAUCAACUGGAGGUGGACCAAAUGGAAACAAAAACGAUAAUGAUGAAAAAGUCAAAUCUGUGCUGACAAAGACAGUAAUGUGGAUGUUUACCAUAUACAUGUUUGUGGCGUUUAUUUCAUUGAUUUUGUCACCACGCACCGACCGCCCUGAGGGGUCAACACGAUAUGUUUCAUGGAAUGAAUUUGUUCAUCAUAUGUUGGCUGUCGGUGAGGUCAAAGAACUUAUUAUUCGUCCCGAUAUGGAAAUGGUGACUAUAAUUCUUCACGACGGAGCCAUAGUAAAGGGACGAAAAGUUUCAUCCACAAUAUUCCAUAUGUCAGUGGCAGACGUUUCAAAAUUUGAAGAAAAACUUCGAGAUGUGGAAAAACGUUUGGGUAUUUCUGAUGGUGUUCCCGUUACCUAUGAUAGACAAAGUGACGUCACUGGUCGCAUAUUACUACUGCUGUUGUUUGUAGGUCUCCUUAUGGCACUAUCAUCAAGAAUGAAAGGAAUGAAGAGUCCAUUAAGCAUGGACUCAUUCACACAAAUGGGAAGAGCAAAAUUCACUUUAGUUGACCCAUUUGAAGGAGGACGUGGUGUACUGUUCAAAGAUGUCGCCGGUUUGCAAGAAGCCAAACAAGAAGUUAAGGAAUUUGUUGACUAUCUGAAAGAUCCAGAAAAGUACCAACGGCUGGGAGCAAAGGUGCCUAAAGGUGCUCUGCUUCUUGGACCUCCCGGUUGUGGUAAAACGUUAUUGGCGAAGGCUGUGGCAACUGAAGCCCAAGUUCCCUUCCUAAGUAUGAAUGGGUCAGAAUUUAUCGAAAUGAUUGGAGGCUUGGGUGCUGCACGUGUAAGAGAUUUAUUCAAAGAGGGACGAAAGCGAUCGCCUUGCAUUAUUUAUAUUGAUGAAAUUGAUGCAAUUGGAAGGCAGAGAUCUGGCACUGAAGGAUUCAGUCAAGGCAGCUCUGGAGAAUCAGAGCAGACACUAAACCAACUGUUAGUAGAAAUGGAUGGUAUGGCAUCAAAGGAAGGCGUUCUCAUGUUGGCUAGUACAAAUCGUGCUGAUGUUUUAGAUAAGGCUCUUUUGCGUCCAGGCCGUUUUGAUCGACACAUCCUCAUCGAUUUGCCAAAUCUCGAAGAAAGAAAACAAAUAUUUGAAAAACAUUUAUCUUCAGUGCAGUUAGAAGAAGAGCCAUCCAAGUAUUCUCAUCGUCUAGCCCGUCUAACUCCGGGAUUCUCUGGAGCUGACAUAGCCAAUGUAUGUAAUGAAGCGGCACUUCAUGCCGCCAGAAACAGCCAAGAUAAGGUUACAACGAAAAAUUUAGAAUAUGCUGUGGAGCGUUUAGUUGGUGGCACAGAGAAACGUUCGCAUGCUCUUUCACCAGUUGAACGUAAAGUGAUUGCGUACCACGAAUCUGGACACGCUCUUGUCGGCUGGCUACUUCCAAAGAGCGACGUUCUCCUGAAGGUAACAAUAGUACCUCGUACUAGUUUAGCUUUGGGUUUUGCACAAUACACGCCCAGUGAACAACAAUUGUAUUCAAAAGAGGAACUAUUGGACAAAAUGUGUAUGGCAUUAGGAGGCCGAGCCGCUGAGGACUUAACAUUUGGUCGUAUUACAACGGGAGCCCAAAAUGAUUUGGAAAAAGUUACUAAAAUGGCAUAUGCCCAGGUAAAAAAGUUUGGUAUGAAUGAUAAAAUUGGUCCCAUGUAUAUACAAGAUCCAGAAGAAACGGGGACAUAUUACAAACCCUAUUCAAAGGCUCUUGAUGACAUUGUUGACAUGGAAGCUAGAACUAUUAUAGCCAAUGCAUAUCAAAAGACCCAGCAAAUAUUAAAGGACAAUAGUGACAAAUUGCAAAAGUUGGCUGAAGCUUUACUGGAGAAAGAAACACUUAAUUACGAUGAAGUUGUGAAUCUGAUCGGACCACCAGCUUAUGAUACUACCAACCGAACCGUCGAACCAGUUGAGUUUGAACAAACUCUUAAAAACCUUAGUGAUGAUAAGAAGUAGACGUAUUUGUU